AUGAUCAAAAGGGUUUCAAUGGGACAUCGUGAAAUUCAAUUUCUAGGCUAUCGACUUGUGGACGGAACUGGAGAUGACUCCACAAGGAAAUUUUCGAAUUCUCUGAUGCUUCCCUACUUCUCUUUCCCUGUAUCUUCGGUUUUUUACCUACUUCCAAACUGGAGCUCGAAAUAUUACACUAUCGGGGCUCAAAACUGGACUGGAAAAACAGAAAUGAAAGCGCUAUUGGCCUCUGCUAUUCUGUCUAAUGCAAGCAACCACUUCGAAUUUGAGAAUCGUCAAUUUCAAACGCAAGCAGUCUUAAUAUUUAAAGCGGUUCGUCAAGAGCUUUACGGAGGGCACGCUGAUGGUGAUAGCACUCGAAAGUCGACAAAAGCUUGA